CUGAACGAGAUAAAUUUACCUUUAUAGGACAAUUAUAGUUCUCUUCUUUUUUGUUCCUUUCUUUCUCUCUCUUUUCUUCUUCUCUACAUAUAAACUAAUAUCAUGUCUUAUCAACAACCUAAUAAUGGUGGAUAUUAUACCCCUCCACCUGCUGGAUAUCCUCAACAAGGUCCUCCUCAACCUGGUUACUAUCAACAACCUCCUUAUUAUCAACCAGCACCUCCUCCUCAAACAUAUAUCAUCCAACAACAACAACCUCAACGACAAGAUGAUGAUUGCUGUGCUGCAUUGUAAGUGAUCAUAAGAAAGAGAACAUAAUUUUUUUUAUCUCAUUGAUGUUUUAUUUCUAGUUGCUGUGGUUUGGCUUGCUGUUGCUGUAUAGAAGAAUGUUGUCUGUAGAAACUAGAACUACUGUAGAAAUAAGAAUCAUCCUCUUUUUUUUUUUUUUUCUGUUG